UGUAUAAAAAAAUUCUCUAAUAAUUCAACCCUUUUAAUUGCUCAACAUAUGUCCAACAAAACAACAAUAAUACUGAUGUCAUCUCUUCUACUGUUAGAAAAUGGAAAAUGCUUUCUCUGAUGUUUCUUAUUGACCGGUUUAUCGACUGCGCACUGUCAUACCUGGUACGUAUAUUUCUACCAUGUGGUAUCAUGAUUUUUUUUUUUUUUUUCAUCAUUUUUCAUAAUCGACACGAGGCAGUAGGCACAACCAUCUUUCUUGAUUAUCAAACAAUUGUUAACAAAAAUACCAAAUACUCAAAAUCGUCAAAUAAGUAUUAAAAAAAAAAAACAUUGGAUCACAUUUGUAAGAUCAUCACUUACACUGCAAAUACUUACGAAGAGGAUACUUGUAUUUUUAUUGUUAAUAAAUCAUCAGUUAGUCCAUUUGGUUUACUUUCUGACGCUCGUGAUUAUCAUCAUUGACAUUUAAUAAAUAAUUUAAUAAAAACAACAGCAAUAAUAAUAUCAUAAUAAUGUCUGCUGAAAAAAUAAAUAAGCAAGAUGAAGAAAUAUUUUUAACAAAAAAAGAUGAACCACCAAGUUACAUGAUUCAUCAUCAUCCUGAGCCAAAACCAAGUCAAGGUCCGACAGGUGAAAAAGGAGAAAUAGAUUGGGAUUGUCCAUGCCUUGGUGAUCUACCACAUGGACCAUGUGGUCCUGAAUUUCGUGAAGUAUUUUCAUGUUUUCAUAAUUUAACAGCUGAGUCACAAGGUUCUGAGUGUUUUGAAAAGUGGGCAUCGAUGUACUCAUGUAUGUCGAAAUACCCAACAUUAUAUGCUAAAAAAAAUGAUGAUGAUGAAGAUAAAAAAAUCAAUGAUGAAUCAAUUAGCAAUGAUAAAACAACUAGCAAUGAUGAACAAACUGAACGUAAAUAGUUAAUUUAAUAUACUCAAUUAUUAUAAUCAUUUAUUUAUUUGUUCUAUUUUGUUUUGAUGAUUUAAUGAUGAUGCAACAAUUAAAUGGCUUAUUAUCACGUUUAUCACUUUGUUUAUAAAUCAAUUCUACACAAAAUUGUUCUUUAAAAUAAAACAAUUUUUUUUUCUUCUAUCUUUUGAUCUUGUUGGUGCAAAAA